CCGGACAUACAUGGCGCGCGCAUGCGAUAUCGUGCACGUAGUAUCCACUCAAUGAACACAGGACGAACAACGUAUUGAAAAUUGUGCUGACAGUUACGAAAUAAUUUUGUAAAAAUGGCGUCAAAUUGUCCAGAUCAAGAAAUUUGCCAACAAUGGUUUGAGUCUUUGCAUUUUUCAAGAGUGAUUUUAACCGCACUUAGAAUAUCUGUUCCCGACUGUUGGAAAGAAUAUUCUACUGGCGGAGUUGAUUUGAUUGUUCGGGAUCACGCCUACAUUGCGAGUUCAGGACCAGAACUAGCCGCUUUUCCUGCUCAUCUAUGGACACAGUUUGGCAAGUAAAACUGAACAAUAAUGGAUAAGUAAAAUGUUCAAUUCGGAAUCCUUGUUCUUUCAAUUUGAACUCCGUAUAGCAGAGAGAGAAUAAUCCAAAAAUGGAUCCCGAUUUGCCAAACCGCCCUUCAUGCCCUUCCAUAUGGUCGAAACGGUGUCAUCUUGUUAGACCAACAACCGGUGAAAGACAGCAAGGUUGGGGUUUUUCGAAAAGUAGAAAUUUUGACCGCAGAGGCAAAGCCAUAAACUCAAGCAGGCCUAUUCAUAGUACAAACUGUAUCAGGAAGCCCCCGUCACUCCUAAGGCUAAGCAGUACGGGAGAUACAGUGGACGAGACGGCAGAUUUCUCGAGUUUUCAACCGUCGACUCUGCGCAGAAGUAAGUCAAGUUUUCGGGGGCCGGGUUUUUGGGGGAACAUCGCAAAGGUAGCUCGUUCAACGAACGUUUCGAGUUCUCGACUCUUGACGGCCAAGGGUUUUACCAGGGAAUCCCCUGUAGAAAUGGCUGGGGAAGUAGAUCUCAGCAUUUUGAUGGAGAAAUUCGACAGUUCACCCAGCAAAAUGGAGAGAUUGGGACCACUUGAGAAUGACAUUGACAGUGUGCCUGUAGUGGCAUACCCCCUAGAAGGUGGCCUGCGAGGAUUUGUGAAAGAAGGGAUUUAUCACCCAUUUGCCAGAAAUCCAUCCCAUCAGGUUAAAAUGCCAAGGCAGGCUAACCCAGCUGUUGUAGAAACACGGUCAUCUUCUGUUCAUACUUUUCCUGUUUGUAAUGGUGGUCCCUUCUGGCACCCACACGGUCGCCAACACCCCCACCCCUACUUCAGCAGGAAUCACUUCACACCCAACCAAAGACGUAACUUCACAAUGGCAUCCGUGCAGUUUUGGCAAGGCCCCUCAUCCCAUAUUGCGGCAGUUUCAUCACUGGACACUCCCAUUCUGCAGUGUGAGAGCCAUCGUCGCAGGUGCCUGAGUGCUCAGAUAAGGGAGUCUGCAGUGUUGCGCAAUUGGAUUGCUGACCCGAGCACCCGUUCACAGUUUAUCAAUACAGAGACCAUUGCCGCCCGUCUUGUGCAGAGUCAUGAUGCCGACAAGUUUCAAAGUCAACAUACAUGUACAGGCCAUCAUGCUGGCAGAAACUCCAUGAUGCAAAGUGCAUGUAGGACUCAGAUGACUCAACACAGCCAAAACCGUAACAAAGCCACUGGGUGUGUGUACACAGGAAAUGCUCAUCAAGCACACCGGCGGCCUCUCACUACUACAAGUACCGGUAUAACACCAAAACAAAGCUGUUACAGUCCAAAGAAGUCAGUAAAACAACCUGUGUCAAAGUGCUUUUCAAGAGACAAACUAAAACACCCAGAUGGCAAGACAGCUAAACUGAGUGACCAACAAGCUGAGAAACCCCACAAAGUGUACAAGCCGGAAACACCUGUUGGUGUGCUUGAUCAUGUUACUGAUGAGGUGAAAGAUUUGAAAAUUCAAGCGAAGAGUGAUCAAGGAGGAGGAAUCCCUGAAUCUCGGGACAAAACUUGUCUAAACGAUGGUCAUGCUUGUACAUGUGGUUUGCAAAGUCAGACAUGUGUUACAUCAUCCGUUGACUGUAAGCACCAUGAAAUGAGUCCAUAUACAACAGCUGGCAGGGUUCCGCCUGACUUAACAGGGCCAAAGUCUGCCGAUAAUGAAACCAGCCCAUUUAGAGAUACGUGUCAUGGUUUAAUGGCACGGUCUCUUUCUGGUGGGAAAAGCCACCUGCUCGAACCGGACGAGGGUUGUGUAGCGUUUCUAGAUGAAUUGCCUGCUUUGGAAAAGACAUGUCUGACGUCUGAGGAUGAUUACUUGGAUGAAGGAGAAACACGGCAAAAUCACCAAAAUGCUGUCAGUGGAUUAUCUCCCUCAAGUCCUGCCACCAAGUCACCUCCGGAACUACCACAGACUUGUGGAUCUCAGCCAUCAGAACCUGAGGAUGAACUGUCCCAGAAUCGGAAGCCGCUUCACUCGUCUUUGGCAUUUCUCCUUGCUGGGGUAACUGAUGGGGACAAUGAUUUCUCUGACUCGGACUGGGACUCCGCUGGUUCAUCGCCGCCCUCUGACUCCUGGGACUUCCUCAAGUGCUGUGAUGACCCCUACAACCCGCUGUAUGGCUGGCGGUGUGCCCGCCGUUGUGAGCAAGGGGAUGUGGAGCAGGGUGCCGAGUCCAAGCUUGACUCGCCUUCGGGUGGGGACGAUGAACGUGACUCUGGGAUCUCGUCACUGCAGGCCCAUCAAGAUGAUGUGGCAGAGAUCAGCCCUGCUGAGUCUGAGUCGUGGGAUGAAGCUGAGCCCAGCUUCGAGUCCGAGUCCACCAGUUGGUGCCAACAGAUUGAGUCACUGCAUGCAAAAAGUGAAUGCCCGAAUUCAUCAAAUGAUUCGAAUCACAGCUCUGUCCCAGACAGUCUCCAAUCUUCCAAUGAAAAUCAUGCUGCAUCAGACUUGUCUGUCCAACAUUGUGAAGUGCAAUCAAAAGUCCAAGACAAUCCUACGACAUCACUAUCCUGUCUAUCCAAAACUGAUGGUCCACAAUCCAUUUCACCUGAUGAAGUGAAAUCAGGGAAAAUCCUACCACCGCGAAAAUGCAUCUUUGAACCAGAAAAGCUUCAUCCUUCAGUUCUCUUCAUACUUGGCGUGGGUGAGUCCGACUCGGACACAGAUUGCGAAGACGACGAUGAUGACGAUUUUGAUAAUUGUGAGUCGGGCAGCGACGACAGUGCCUGGAGUUCCCUCCAGCCUUGCUUUGACCCCUACAGCCCGCUGCAGGGCUGGAGGUUUCAUCUGACAACCCCAGAAAAACUCCAGGAGGUGAAUGCCGCGUACAACAAACUUGCACCUGUGAAAGAAACCUCUUCCGCAAACCUUUCCACUUCAGAGGACGACCGUGGAAACUCCUGUUCAGGCCAGACCCUUAAUCAGUUUUCAGCAAAGAAUGAUGCAAGGCCCAAACUGAAGCGAGCAUCAAGUACUGGCUGUCUGUGGGUUCCAUGUGAUGGCAGUGGACCAGGCAGACCAUCUCAAAACAAGAAGGUACAUUUCUGUGAAGAGGCACCGAUGGUGAUCAGCUUUGAGGUACCAUCUUGGAGCAGCGAGUACAGUGAUAGCCGCCGUGGCCCCUGGCAGGAGAUGGCACGCGACCGCUGCCGCUUCAUGGACCGUAUCCGCAGCACGGAGGACAAGAUAGGGCACGUCUUCGCGCCGGACCACCGCCUCAAAGUGCAGCAGCGACUGCAGACCCAAGUUGCCUAAGAAGUUCAAACUAAGUUUUUUUCAUUCUACAUGUAGCUUUCUUUUUAACGUGUUCAUCAGAUUUUGUCCAAAUUCAUUGUCUCCAGACAUUCAGAUAAAUUAUUAAUAUCCAACAAAUGAGGCCUGUGAAUGUGACAAACAAAGUCUUCCUUCAUUACAGAGUUAAAGAAGAGGGGCCCAAAUUAGCCUUCAUACCCCAAUGAGCAAGUACAUGUACUUGUUUCCACACAAGGCUCAUAUUUUUAGUCUGCAGAAGGCGAACAAGUUUAACCCCAGAAGUUGUUUGGAGUUCUGACACAAAUCGACAGAAUACUGAAAUACAUGUACCCUGUCCUUAUUUUAGCUUAAAGUUAGAAGUGUGCAUUCAGUAUGUGGUCUGCCAUAAGUUGACGCUGAUUUUUUUUUUCAGCGGUCACCAGUGCCAGUCAUGGUUGCCCCCUCACUAAGCAUAUUGUUGGGGCAUUUUUUAAAUUUACGGGUGCAAGAUACAUGUACAUGUUCCGUAUUCUACAGAUUCAAACCUGUUUCCCAACUUUCAAUAAUAGCAUCAACGGCAUUCAACAAAAUUAAAGUGCCGAGGUUAUGAGCAAAUUUAUCUGCCUAAUUUUUCUAGCUACAUGUUUUAAAGUAUCAAGCCAAGUAGAGAUUUUUUUCCUUCAUUUAAUUUUGCCUAGCACUUUUAGUUGGAUAACAAAGCCCAGAACUUGUAUUACACAAAUUUGUGUCGCCUGGGUAUGGACUGUUGAAUGUUCUGCUUUACAAAUGACAAUAUACAUGUAAGUUCAGAGCACAUGCACUCGGAGUACAUUGCACCACCAGUCUCUGUAAGCCUUUAUCAUGAUGCUGCCAUGUUUGUCUUGUUCCCUCUAAACUCAUUGGAAAUAGAUAAACAACUUCAUAUACAAAUGAUCAGGUUUUGGUUAGGUGUACAUUGCUUUGAAUGGUAGAAAAGCAAGAUGCCUGCCCCAUGAUAGAAGUCCAUACUCCCCCCAAAAAAUUGACAUGCCUGACAUGACAUGAUACAUGUACAUACAGGUACCGGGGUAAUAACAGUUCAUAAUGCAACCAGUAUUGUCAUACCCUGGUGUAUGACACUUGCUGUGUGCAAUGAAAUUUGUUAUGUGCACAAAGCUUUAUCACCUCACAAAUGGUUCAAGGUCAGGCAAAAAUCAAUGGACAGUGUAUGGAUAUAUUGCAUGAUUUGGCAGAAAUGUAAGGUCAUUUUGAGGGAUAUGCUACUGUUGAGUUGGUAGAGAGCUGUUAUAGAUAUUAGCACUUCACACUAUGUUCAUGGUCAUGGAAUGACCUAGUCUGUUUAAAUUUGAAAAGAUGCUUGUGUCUAUGACACAUGGGCAGAUUGGCAUACAUGUAUCUGAUGGGCAAUUAUUCAUGCAUGAGAUCCUCUCUUGACCUUCAAAUUUUGACUAAUCAACAGCCAUUUGCUAUGAACCCGUAUUGGGAAACGCAAAUAAGAAAACGUGCUUGACUAACAUGUAUGUAGUAGGGGUCAGAUGAAACCUUUCCAGCAAUCAGUAACUUCUAGCCCAAUAUGGGCCAUAUGACAUCACUUAAACUCUGCGUGGUUACAAUGUAGCUGUAUGCAUAUAAAUCAGACAGUACAUGUACAUGUAAUUAUUUACCCAGAUACUCAGACUGUGGUUGACCCAUUGCCCUCUUGAAAUAUUCUCCUGUACAUGUACCUGUAUAGGCAUCUGAGUUUUUGGUGUUGGUACUUUUCGGGGAGAAGUGUCUUUAGCUAUGUUUUGCAGAAUAUUCCGGGCUGUCUCUUGGCAUAUCCACUCAAUUACAUUAUAGCUGCCUUGUGUGGUUUUUUGGCAGUCUGUGUUUUUACAUACAUGUAUCACCUACAGGACCAUAGGCUUAUGUAUCAAUGGGUGCAGCAAGGUCACAGUCUGAGUACCAGACGUCCGUGGGAUUUUUCCUUUGCAUGUUUCCUCCACAUUCAUGUUGCACACAUAUGCGAAUGUUACUGGUUGUCAUGAAAUGCUUUUGUUCUCUCGUUGAACAACAAUGUGCAUUGUAUUUGGGUUAACAAUCAUGAGUAUGACUUGGUCUGUGAAAAUGAGUCAUCAUUAGACGAUGAGUUUCAUGUUGCAGGCUUGGAAUUUCAUUCUGGAUAAUGACCCUGUGUGUUCGCUACAUUCCUAAAUGCUUUUCUGCAAUGUCUGCAGUUUUCAUCAAGUAAUUUCAUUGAGGAAUGUCGAUACAUUUACGUGUACAUGUACAGGUGCAUGCACCAGUCCUCCUCAGGUUAGGUUUUUCUGUAUAAAGUAAGUAUGGCUUUCAAAGCAAAUUGGCAUUUUAACAGGAUUACUGUGAAUCAAAGCCAAUCACCAGCUAUGCCACCUGUAUACUGUACAUGUGCACAGUGUGUGUGUAUGCUAUGCUGUACGUGUGCACAUGCACAGUGUACAUGUAUGUAUUGUCUAUCUACAUGUAGUGCUCUGUCGCAUCCCCUGUCUGGAGUUGUUUCCAAAAUGAUGCAAACACACAGUUAGCUAUUCAGCAUACCGGAUUUGGCUCAUUGCCAGACCUUUGGUGGGCGAGGAAAUCUAUCGGGAAUUAAUUUUCUGUGAAGCUCCCAGACUUUCUCCCAACUAACAGUGUGUAGUAAUCAGUGGGAUUCCCUUUGUAAGUUUGGACAUUUUGGGGUGUUGAUAUACAAAAAGGGGCUGCAUUCUUCAGUCCCAAGCCAUUAUGGAACCCUUGGAUGGAAAUACACAGUGUAGUGCUUCCUUGAAAUGGAACUGUUGGCAGAAUGGCAGCAAACUCAUCUGAUCACAUGUAUUUGAAUAGCAUUUGCUCCAUUUCUUUAAGGGUUAUUAUCAUGUUCCUUAUUCACCUACAUGUACAUGGUUAUUCAUGGUUGGUUUUAUUAUGACAGUCGACCAAGUAGACACAUGCAGAAAUAUUGUUCAUUCUCUAACUGCAGCCUAAAAACCUUACACAGUGCAUUACUAGUUCCUUGAAUCUGCACUCACUCUGCUUUGGGACUGUUUUCUCUUAGUAAAAGGCUCUGCACAGUAGACAGUAACUGCAAUUACAGUACAUGUUUGUAUGUGAAAGUAAAUGCAAGGUCAAGGCCAUAGGGUCAUUUCUUUUUUUUGCCUGUUUGAAAUCCCAGGGGCUGGAGUUGUUUUUCUGUACAAUGUAAGUUUUACAUGUAGCCAUGCAUGGACCAUACACAUACAUGUACAUGUACACAGUACACAUCCUUGCUCCUAAUAUGUUUGCUGUAUUUGAGAGUACAACUAUUGACUGUAAUCCUUACUGGGGUGUAUUUAAUCCUUUAAUCAGGGCUUUUAUUUAAACCGUUGAGUUUGGAAUUUUUAAAGCUUUUAAAGCAGUGUGAUUUUUAUUAUAAAUUUGAGGCAACAAAUCCUGUAUAUAGUACAUAGCGCAAAAUGCAUGAUAUAAGUGUGGUUCUGUAAAUGCUGCACAUGUAUAUCAUAUAAAUAAAUAAUUUUCUCAAAAGUGA